UUUGUUUUUAUUUUCAUUAAUAUGUUUGUUUCGUGACUGUGAUCAAUAAAAUAAUUUGUUACACACACGAAAAUUUAAAAGUCACAAAUUCCCUUAUUUUUAAUAACAGUCCUGACUGUUCCAUUCGAUUUGACAUUUCACGAACGUCCACGCGACCAACAAAAUGUAUUUUGCAAGUAUCCCGCCAUGUCUGAUAAGGUUCGCGUUUGCAUCGUUGGAUCCGGAAACUGGGGAUCGGCAAUCGCCAAGAUUGUAGGUGUUAACGCCAAGCGGUUGUCUAAUUUUGAAGAUCGGGUCACUAUGUAUGUCUACGAAGAGAUGAUCGAUGGCAAGAAAUUGACGGAAAUAAUCAACACGUCUCACGAAAAUGUGAAGUACCUGCCUGGACAUAAGUUGCCAGAAAACAUCGUUGCUGUCCCAGAUGUGGUCGAGGCUGCAAAAGACGCUGAUAUUCUUAUCUUCGUUGUUCCGCAUCAAUUUAUCCGCGGACUUGGAACGCAACUACUAGGAAAGAUCAAGCCAACUGCUGUUGGCCUCUCGCUGAUCAAGGGUUUUGAUGUUGCUGAGGGUGGUGGUAUGGAAUUGAUCUCGCAUCUGAUAACGAAGCACCUUAAGAUUCCGUGCUCCGUGCUGAUGGGAGCUAAUUUGGCCGGGGAAGUGGCAGAGGAGAAAUUUUGUGAGACCACCAUAGGUUGCAGGGACAUGAAGAUUGCUCAAACUCUGCGGGAUCUUUUCCAGACGCCCAACUUCCGCGUGGUAGUGGUGGACGAUGUAGAUGCGGUGGAGAUUUGCGGUGCGCUGAAAAAUAUUGUUGCUUGUGGAGCUGGUUUUGUUGAUGGCAUGGGGCUUGGCGACAACACCAAAGCUGCCGUUAUUAGGUUAGGACUGAUGGAAAUGAUAAAGUUUGUAGACGUAUUUUACCCUGGCAGCAAAUUGUCGACGUUUUUUGAAAGCUGUGGUGUCGCCGACCUCAUCACUACCUGCUAUGGUGGACGUAACCGUAAGGUUUCUGAAGCAUUCGUCAAGACGGGGAAAACAAUCAAGCAGCUCGAAGAUGAAAUGCUCAACGGACAAAAACUACAAGGUCCUAUCACUGCUGAGGAGGUCAACUUUAUGCUGAAAAAUAAGGGCAUGGAGGAUAAAUUCCCACUGUUUACGGCUAUUCAUAAAAUUUGUACGGGUCAAGUAAAGCCCGCUGGAUUUCUCGACUGCCUGCGCAACCAUCCGGAGCACAUGACACCGUGGGCAAAACUGUAGAGAAAUAUGUUCACUCAAGCCAUUUCCAAAAUGUAUAUUAACAUGUCUUAGUCGAUUUCUAGCACUUUAUUUAAUGCAUGCGACUAAUUAACACUAAAAAUUAUGCUCUAAUAGAGAUCUCAAAAGCGGUCACCAAUGCUUAAGCUUUGAUUUGCUAAUUCCAAAUCCAUUUUUAUUUUGGUUUCUUGAUAAACAUAGAAU